AGCAGAUUUGAGAAAUGGCUUUCCCCAUCAAAAUUUGUAUUGUUUUCUCAACGUUAUAUGUAUUAGGUUCUUGUUUACAGUAUGAAGUUGGUAAAAUAUAUAAAUAUUCUUAUGAUACUUCAGUAUCUUUUACUGAUAUAGAAAAUAAAGGAGAGAAGGGGAAGAAUGUAGGUUAUCAAUUACAAAUGGAUGUAGACAUCUCUGUUGUAUAUAAACAUUCACAAUCCCAAAUAUUCAAAUUAAAGAUUACAAGUGCAAUGUUAACAAGUGCAUCUCGUCCUAAUCAGGAAAAAACUCUAGGAACAUUAUUGAAAUAUCCAUUUUAUUUUGAGUUAUCUGAAGACAGUGUUAACCAUGUAUAUGUUGUAGAACAUGAUAGUGUAUUUUGUACUAAUAUUAAGAAAGGAAUAGCAGCAUUUUUUCAAGUGCAGAGAGAACCAGGUGCAAGAACUGAGGUAGAUGUAUCAGGUGAAUGUUCUGCUGUUUACAGUAAAACAUCUAAAGGUAUUAUUAAAACUAAGGAACAUUGUGAAAAUAUGGAAAUAGCUGGUCAGUUUUCUACAACCAAUCCAGCUGCUGGGGUUACAGUUAAAAGUACAACAACUUUGAAUUAUGAAUUUAAAGAGAAUAUUAUUAGUAAAUUAGAUGGUAUAAAUACAGUAUUAAGUAUUGUUGAUGCUAGAUCCAGUAUAAAUGGUGCAACAUACUCUAGCCAAGGAUUUAAUUUAAAGAAUACUGUAGAAUCAGCUGUAACAAUAUCAGCAGGCUCAAUGGAAGAAGCAAUCUCAUUAUUAGAAAAAGAUAUUGGUCAAUCAUUAAUAAUAUCAUUAUUACCUAGUGGUUCAGAACGUCAACAAUGUACCAAAAAUAAAUGUAUACCUGCCACAGAGGUUGCUGUUUCUCUGAAAGAUGAUUUAGUAAAUGAUAAAGUUGCAACAUUGGAAUCAGCUAAAGCAUUUAUUCGAAUGGUGAAAAGUUUUAGAAAUAGUGGUAAAAACACUAUGGCAGAAGUUUUCUCUAGUCCAGAAAGUUAUUAUAUUAUACCACAGUUAAUAGAUGUGGCAGCAGCUACACAGACAGGACCAGCUCAUGAUGCUCUAAUGGAAUUAUUGAAUUUUGAAGAUGAUUCAACUGUAGAUUAUAUUGAGAGAUAUUUAUUAGCAGCAGCUUAUGUUACUCAUCCUGAUGAAUUUAUGUUAAAACAUAUGUUGAAAAAUUUCCAGAAGACAACUUCAGAAUCAUUAAUAAGAGAAUCAUUAUUAUUAUCUAUGAGUGCUGUAUUGUAUACGUUCUGUCAAGUUAAACAACAAUGUCAACUAAAGAUUGUAAAUGAUGUAAAGAAAGUAUUAUUAGAAAAUAUUACACAAUGUGAAGAUGACCAGUGUAAAUUAAUGUAUCUAAGAGCACUGGGGAAUGCUGGUUUCCCUGAUACCAUAUCUACUAUUCUUGAAUUUAGUGAAAAAUCAGUGUCCUCUAUGGUCUCAUUCACAGCCAUCAGUGCUUUAAGAAGAAUAUCUAAAACACAUUUUACCUUUGAGAAUAAAAGAAGUUUAUUAAGAAUAUUUCACCAAACUAAACAGCAAUAUGACAGUAGUGUCAGACUAUCAGCAUUAAAUGCAUUAUUACGUAUAGGAUUAUCAGUGGUAGAAUUAGAGGAAAUAUUGUUAUCCUGUCAAUACCAAACACACUUUGAAAUAUCUACUUAUGUUAUUAAAAAAAUUACAGAUGAAGCUGAAAUUGAUAUGAAUCUCAAAGAAAAAUUAAAUCAAGUUUUACAACGAUCAUAUGUUAAUAAUUAUCAUACUUUAAGUCAAAGAGGAAAAUCAAGUUCAUUAACCAGUUACUUAGCUAAAAGUAAAGAUGUGAAUAGUACAUAUACAUUAUCAUUUGAAACAACAAAUAGUGGUAUAAUGAAAAGAAGUGGUAUGAUAGUCAACAUGAUGGGCAAAAAUUGGAAGCGGCCAUUUAUGCAUUUUGAUAUUUAUGCUGAUGGUUUAGAAUCAUUACUUGGUGAUUCUGAUGGAGAAGCUGAAGGGGAAGCUGAAGAAGACAAUGCUGAAGAUAUAACAGAAGAGGAAGGUGUAGAAGCCACAGCAGGAAUGUCUCUAACUCUAUUUGAUGUUAUAUUAAAACAAAUAGAAUUUUUUAGAGGUACUGCUGGUUUGAUGUCAGCUGCUUGGAAUGCUCCUUCAGAACUAACUUCUGCAUUACAGGUGAAUGUAUUAUUACAAGAUCAUUCUGAGAAAGUACAUCUAUCUAAUGGUAUGAUAGUAGAUAUACAAGUACAAGGUGUUACAUCACUAGAUUUAUCCGGAUUAGUUAGCAUAAGUUUAUGGAGUAGAAAUUCCCAUUCUGUCAUUAAAAAUAGAGGUGGAAUGUAUCUAGAAGGAACUAUGAAGUUAGAUUCUACAGUGUUGAAUACUGGUAUUAUAUUCUCAGCUGAGGGAGAAUUAGUCAUAGAUUUUAUAACAGAUGUAGAUUUUUAUGAAAUGCCUCUUAAAUUAUGUCUUCAAAUGGAAAGACCAGACGUAGAAUACAAACAAAAAUUUACCAAAUAUGAGAAAUUAAAAGGCUUCAAAUCUUAUAGAUAUAAUUAUACAGACAACUUCAAAAUUCCAUCCACAUCAUUCUUAUUAAAUACAGCUAAUUCUAAACAAUGUAAACAGAUGUUUCAAGAACAGUGAUAAUAUAUGUAGGUGAAAUAAAUUUCCAUCCCAUGCAACAAGUUACAUAUCAUUGUGACAAGAAUUUAUCCAUUGUGUAUAUCUUAUGAAAUAAUAUUUUCUAUGUAAUUAUAUCUAAUCAAUAGUUGUUACCUGAAAUUUCAACCAAUUGAUCAGGUAUUAUUUUUGUAUGUCUAUAUUUAAUAAACAUUGAAUGUUGAAA